GCCCAUUGUCAACGGUCGAUUUUUAACGGCUAUUCUCUCUCUUCUCUGGCUCCGCCUUCUAGCUUCAUUCUUCUCAUCUCAUUUCAAAAAACCCCCUGUUUACUACUCACCAUCAAUUUCAAAGUCACAAUCACUUUCUUUCUCUGAUCUGGCCAGAAUUCAGUUGUUAAGAGUAAUUUUUGGUUUUUUGGAGUUCCUGUGCUUGGUAAUUUGAUAGGUAUAGUCAUCCAAUAUGUCGAUAGUACCCGCUGAUCCACUUGUGCAGCUGGAAACUACCUGCGGAACUCUACUAUAUGAACUGCAGAUAAUAUGGGAUGAAGUUGGAGAGUCUGAUACUGAAAGGGACAAAAUGCUGCUGGAGCUUGAACGAGAAUGUCUAGAGGUGUACAGGAGAAAAGUGGACCAGGCAAACAAGUGCAGAGCUCAGCUAAGGCAGGCAAUUGCUGAUUCUGAAGCUGAGCUUGCAGCUAUCUGCUCUGCUAUGGGAGAGAGACCUGUGCAUAUUAGGCAGUCUGAUCAAAAUCCUGGAAGCUUGAAGGCAGAACUUAGAGCCAUUCUCCCACAAUUGGAUGAAAUGCGGAAAAGGAAAUGUGAGAGGAAGAAUCAGUUCCUUGAAAUUUUAGAGCAGAUACAGAAGAUUAAGUGUGAGAUUUACAGGUCAACUGGGUAUCCUCCUGCCAACACUGUGUUGGAUGAAACUGAUUUGUCUUUGCGAAAGCUUGAAGAAUUGCAAACAGAGCUGCAGGCACUUCAAAUGGAAAAGAGUGAACGUCUAAAGAAAGUACUGGACCGCCUCAACACUUUAAACUCAUUGUGCUUGGUGCUUGGUAUGGAUUUCAAAGAGACUGUUGAUGAGGUUCAUCCAAGUUUAGGAGAGUCUGAAGGAACAAAAAAUAUUAGUAAUGAUACCAUUGAGCAGCUAGCUGCAGCUAUUCAAAGAUUACGAGAGAUUAAAAUACAGAGGAUGCAGAGGUUACAAGACCUUGCCACAUCACUGCUGGAGCUGUGGAAUUUGAUGGAUACACCUUUAGAAGAGCAACAAAUAUUUCAGAGUGUAACUGCUAAUAUAGCUGCUUCAGAAGAUGAAACAACUGAACCUAACAUGCUCUCUGUUGACUUCAUCAAAUAUGUUGAGGCGGAAGUUUCAAGACUGGAAGAACUUAAAGCAAGCAAAAUGAAGGAGCUUGUUCUGAAAAAGAGGUUUGAGCUAGAGGACAUCUGUAGGAAAACACAUAUAAUUCCAGAAUCAGAUAGUUCACUAGACGUUGCAAUUGAAGCGAUUGAAUCUGGUGCUGUUGAUGCUUCAAGCGUACUUGAACAAAUAGAGCUUCAGAUAUCUAAUAUAAAAGAGGAAGCUUUCUGCCGUAAAGAAAUACUUGAAAAGGUGGAGAAAUGGAUGGCCGCAUGCGAGGAAGAGUGCUGGCUUGAGGAAUAUAACAGGGAUGAUAAUCGUUACAAUGCUGGAAGAGGCGCUCAUCUUACACUCAAGCGUGCUGAGAAAGCCCGUGCCUUGGUUAAUAAACUUCCAGCAAUGGUGGAGGCAUUGGCUUCAAAAAUCACAGCAUGGGAAAAUGAGAGAGGGACUGAAUUCUCUUAUGAUGGCAUUCGUCUUCUUUCUAUGCUUGAAGAAUAUACUAUUCUACGCCAAGAGAAAGAGCUAGAGCGCAAAAGACAGAGGGACCAGAAGAAACUUCAGGGACAGUUAAUUACAGAGCAGGAGGCACUUUAUGGUUCGAAACCUAGCCCAAUGAAAUGCCAAAGCGGGAAGAAAGGUUCUAGACUGUCAUGCGGUGGUGGUGCAAGUAAUCGAAGACUCUCCCUAGGAGGAACAAUGCUGCAAACUCCAAAGGCAGAUUUGCUUCACCCAACAAGAGCUACUCCUAAUACACGUCAGGCUAAGAAAAUUGAACGCUUGCAUCAGAAUGAUCAUUCAAAUCUACUCAAGGACGAUGGAAUUGCAUCAUUAUCAGCUGGAAGGAGAGGGCUUGACAUUGCCGGUCUUCCAGUCAAAAAGAGUUCCUUUGGAGAGUCCCCCAUGGUGCGAAAGCCCUUCUCACCCAUAUCUUCAACGGAUUCAUCAAAGUCCAAUGCAACAAACAUUUUGGAAGAUCUGAGCAGGAAACAUAAUGACAUGUUGCAGAAAACGCUAUCAAGUAACAACGCAUCGUUUACUACUCCAUCUAAGAUCAUUUCUGCCGUGGAGGAAGAGAACAGGACUCCAAAAGCUAAGACGAUACCUGUACCCGCUACGCCUGCAACUGUAUCAGUUCCAAUGCAAACGGCUGUAACUCCAGCUCUUUUUGCAGCCCCUCCUUCCAAUUCAAAGCCAGUUGACGAUAUUCCUGAAGAGAUUGAAUACUCAUUUGAGGAGCGAAGAGCUGGAUUUGUGCUACCAAAUUCAUCUGUAAAGACUACUAUACUAGUUUGAGGAGGAGGACCGGUACAGGAAGAUCAAGAUGAAUUUUACUAAUUGUUUGGUGCUCUUCUUACGAUUUUUUCCUUCUUGUAUUCAUUUCAUAUCUUGAUAAUAGUUCAAUUAGAAGUCAAUUAUAUUGGCUUUCUAAAAUGUACAUAUAGUCCACGAAUACCUGGCUAUUCGUGGACUAUAGGAUGUCAAAAAUGUUCUUGGCUCUACCUCAAACCAAAUUUCAAUUGCUGCCUUUGAAGUAGACAGAUUUCCACGGGAA